UAUUUAAUUAAAUUUUAAGAACACAAAAUGCAGUCAAACUUGAAAACCUUGAGCCUGCAUUCCCUUAAAGUUCCGCGAAGAAUCCACCAGCAAACAGGAUCCGGGAGGACAUUAAAGGAAAAAAAAGAAGCCAUUCCGUUAUUUUUAUGUCGACUGUAGUCUAGUCUAGCUCUACUCGGCAAGUAAACAUUAACGGUAACCAGAUCGAGCACAAAGACCACGUUUUCACUUGAUUCACACGCCCAGUGGAAUUUUCCAGCCUUUGAAAGUGAAAACCCUACUGCUAUACUUAACUAUUACCAGCAUAAUAAUUAAGUAACAAAAAGAAGACUAAGAAGUAAAAGAGUUUGAGCAAAAAGAAAAAAAAAUCCAGCGAUAGGAUGCAGGACAACUGGAUGUCCUCGAGGAGGCCGUCGAAAAAUGUGUGUUUAAAAAUAAACACUGGAAAGGGUGAAGUCUUAGCAGCGUGGGUGAACGAACUUCCGUGCAAUGGCAAUGUAUAAUGUGCUUGUAUCAAGUCCCAGCUCAGUUGCGCUCCAGGUCAGUCCAGGUUGUCCUUAACAGAUAACCACACCAAUGCAAGACGGAAAAGCAACUCUUAACUCGAGUCUUUAAUAUAAGAGGGAUGCGGACACGCGACAAUUUUUAUUUUUUAUUCAAGCGAACAAAACGAGCGGUCUCCCACUCACCUCCAGAUGUAAGAAGCAAGAAGGUAUUGUAAAAAGGCUGAACCAGUAAACGUCGGGCCCGCUUAUGCCCCUUCUACUUAUACUUUUAUUUACUUGUUGGUCUUUUACUUAUAUAUUAUAUUAUUGUAGCUAUACUGGUAUAUUGUAUACCACACUGGUUUAUACGCUCACCAACACUCUUACACCAACAAUUCUGGUCCUGUUGGCGGCCUCGGAAUACCUCUCGCAACAACGUGCCUGCAUAGCUUCAACACUCGGUGGUAUCCACGAGUGAAAGUAGGAUUUUGCUUUCUACCUAUCAGUUUAUUUUGUACCAGUGACAAAUAUGUUGCUAGAUCCAGUAAAAUGCGUCGAUUCUUCAUUAUUUUGUUUAAUUACUCAAAAUUAAUAAUUAGUUAAAGGGCAAUUUUGAAUAUUUUAAGCUUGAGAAGAAAUUUAAACAUCAAAGUUUUUGUGUUGGAACACUGAAGUAUGGUCGAGAGGUAAAAUGCGUGAAUAAAGUGGAUUCAUCGAGUGUUAAAUUGAUUGGACACCUUGGGCGGUGUAUAAAAUUAUCUAAAAUAAAGCCCAGGGUGGCUUUUUACAUCAGCAUUUUAUCAGGCUGUGAAUUAUGAAGCUUAUAAUGCACUCAGAUGUCAUAUUGCGAAAUGUUACUUUGCUUCUUUUGUUAUUUAUUGUCGAUACUCAUGCGCAAGAAAUCAGAACAUGGAGUCGUUUAUAUCCAACGAAUUCUGUUUAUGGACAGAACCAAGCGGUAGCGCAAUCUAAUAUUAAUAGUAAUAAUAAUAAUAGCAAUAAUUAUAGCAAUAUUAAUAUUAAUAACAAUAAUAAUAAUAAUAAUAAUAAUAAUAAUAAUGAUAAUAAAAAAAAUAAUGAUCUGCGACCUGCAGAAGUAGACGUCAAUGAAGAAUAUGACUAUGAAGAGACUCCCGAGAGAGAAGAAGUUGAGACAAGAGAAAUCCAUUAUGAAACAAAAGAGGAAGUUCCUGGUGACUACGAAGAUGAAUUUUACGAUGAUUAUGAUAAUGCGACAAAUUCUCAAGCGGCAGAAUAUGACACAUAUGAUGAUGAAUCAGCAAGCAAAGAAGCAAUCCAUAGUCAUGAACAAGUUGUUCAGAGUAAAGAAGCAGUCAACAGUCAAGAUGUAGUAGCUGAAAGUCAAGAACAGAUAGUCAAUGAUGAUAAAAAAAUAAAUUUAAAUGUUUCUUCGCCUAAUAUUUAUGAUGACGAUGAAAGCAUUCUGAUAGGCGAAGCAGUGGUGUCUGUUGUUACUACCAAGAGUGUUGUCAAUGGUACGUACUCGGUACCAACAGCACCACCAAUGACAACGGAACAAAUGUCACCACCCCCGACAGCUAAUUCAUCUGCAGAAGCUGUUGAAGAGACAACAGAAGACGCGAUGAUCGUCGCUUCCGUUCAGACCAGUCGCAGCAUUUCCGGAGCCAGGUAUUUGCCUUUCAAUGUCAACAAUUACGACGCGGUUAGCAAAAAUAUUAAUACUAAUGAAGAAAACAAAGAUGAUUCUGAUGAUCAUAAUCAAGAAGAUGACAGCAAAGUCAACAAAACAGUCGCCGAGUCGACGGAAAGUAUAAUCGACAAGCUGGAUCGCGUGCAAUCAGAACUUUCGAGUGGAUUUCUCACCGGAGGAUUCAGAACUGCUGGAAACGCUCUGCAGCUGGAUGUCCUGAGUGAGCAGAGACCCACACGAAAAACUUACACGACGACUUCUACCAAAGCCCCGGUGAUCAGCAAAUUUGUUCCACGGCGUAAGUCUCCAGAGACUACUGAAGCUGCGAAGACUACGGAGAGUUUGGAGAUUAAAGAAAUGAUGAAUGUGGAAAUGAAUGAUCAACCUGCUGACAAGCCCAAGCCUUUCCGAAUACCCUGGCCGGGUUCUGCAAGAACUAGAGUCACUACCACAACAGAGCCCACAAGGAAGACCACCAGGAAACCGUUCAGCAAGGUCAGGGUAGAAGCUCAGGACAUCAGCGCUUUCUUACCGGCGGGUUAUAAAAUCAAAAAAGAAGAUCAGACCACUGAGAAGACUAUUCUCAGUGAUAUACUUGCUAAGUCUAGUGUUAAUAUCUCGGCACUGCUGCCCAAAGACUUUAAAGUAGCCAGCAAGCCGGAGAACACUGAGAUAACUAAGGAACUUCCUUUGCAGAAUUUAUUUGCAAAAAGCGUUGACAUCAGCGCUUUCUUGCCUCCAGAUUUCAAAAAAAAUCCAACCAAGUCUGAGACAUCCACGACGACAACUGGUACGCCGAUACAAAAGAGCUUGCAAGAAUUAUUCUCAAAGUCUAGCGUUGAUAUUUCUGCUUUGCUACCUCCUGGUUUUAAAGAAAAAGAAAAAGUUGAAGAAGUUAUUAUGAGUACUACUGAAGCUAGUACUACUAGCAAAGGUAUUAAGCUAGUGUUUCCCAGCAGACCUGGUGGUAGGAAAGCGAUAGCCAAAACAGCGUCUACUAGUCGACCUGCUGACGCGCCAACUGCUGUUACUCCUAAAAUUCAAAGGGGCUGGCCUGUUAGGGCUACUACGGAGUUUACUGGGUGGCCAACACCUUCGACUACCCCUAUUUCUAUUGAGAAAUUGCUUGAAGCUGCCAGAACCGCGACUGCUACGUCUGAUAAUGUUUCAAUUGUCACGUCGACUAGUGAACCUUCAACUACUUCGACUUCGACGACCACCACCACGACGAUCCGACCUACUACUCCCGGACUCUGUGAAGAAGAUUGUGAAGUUGCUGGUACUAUUCGGAUCAUUGGUAAUGCUACUUGGGUUCCGGAACUCCUGGAUCGUAAUACGAAAGAGUGGCAAUUGUUGGCUGAUGAAAUUGAAAAAGAGAUGAACUUGGUGUUCCUAAAGUCUGCGAUCUUGAGAAAAUGGUACAAAAAUAUACGCAUCGACGCUUUUAGCCAGGGAAGCAUUUUGGUAGACUAUUUUGUAGAACUCCAAGAUUUGAGCCAAAAGAUAAAUACUCAGGAGUUGAAAGUGUUGUUCCACGACUCGCUGAGAGCUUAUAAUGCUCAUAAAUGGAACGAGACGAAGAUAAACAAAGGUCCAGUGAGAUUGGGAAACUUUGUAAUUGAUCCCAAGUCAACUGACUUUGUAGUGAUACCCCGAGUUACCUUGCCGCAGCAAAUUGAGAGGGACGACAGACUGAUUCCACAGUGGGCUAUUGCUGUUAUUGUUAUUGGUGUUGGUGGUUUAUUGUUUAUUAUUGUUUUUGGAGUCUCUGUUCUCUUAAAUCGGCAAAAUGCAUCGAAGUUGAGGCCACCAGCAUCCGGAAUGUACGGAGAAGAAGCAGCUAAAAAUAUAAUACACUCAAGUCAUGUAGCGUCCUCCCAUAGAUCAUCGCACGAGUAUCCGAAGUCGGAAAUUUCAACGAUCUGGAACGAGCCCGAAGCAUGGAAGGAAAAAUCCUUUGAGUCAAAUUCAAAUAAGAUUUUAAUGGACGGUAUCGUGCCUGACAAUGAGAAAUACAAUGUCUAUGACAGCUGGAGAUCUGACUGGAACGGUUAUUACUAUCAGCCAUCUCACACAAGCAGCAAGUUCGCCGGUUACGAAAGUACUGCUAAUUUUUCACGCCAUCCGCCCGAUUACGACACUAAUUUUUAAUGAACCGUUUGUCUAAAAAAUAUAAAAAAUUAACAUACUAUAA